UUUUUUUUGGCGAUGCCGGGGAGCUUGAAGGGCGAGGCCACAGCGCCCUCCAAGUGGUGGCUGCUGCAGGUCGUGGCCAACGCCACGUUCGGAUCUUUUCAGGUGAGGCCAGCUCAAUGAAUGAGUGUGUGACACUCAUUUGCUUGUCUGCUGCUCGAUCUGGUCCUUGCCCCUUCUCAGUUUGGCUACAACCUGGCUGUCCUCAACACGUGUCUGAAGAUGGUGGGCGGGGAGGGAGCAAUAGAGUAGAAGCAGCUCACCACAUGUGUUUGUGUCGUUGCCGUUUUGUCUGUUCUUCUUCAGGUCGUGCUGCUGAUGCGAUGGUGCGGCGAAGACCAGCUGACAACAGGUAAUUAAGUCGGUCACUCAACUACCAGAACUGCAAAUGUGGGUGGGCAAAUGUGUCGUCAUUUGUCGUCAGAGUGCGAUGCCGCCCGCAAUCGUGACGGUGCCAUCACCGUAGGGGUCUUCGUUGGCGCAGGUCAGAAGGGCACAUACAGGAGCAGACAAGCGUGUAUGCUUUCCUUGUUUCUGCAGCUGUGGGUUGCCUGCUGGGCGGCAAGUGGAUGCACCGUGGCCGAAGGAGGACCCUGAUGAUGGCCCACCUCCUCUUCAUUGUGGGGUCGUUGCUGUCAGCCGCGUCCGUCGACUUUGUGAUGCUGCUGGUGUCCCGCGUCAUUGUGGGUGUCGGUGUUGGCGUGGCGACCGUCGCUGUGCCCAUGUACAUAUCUGAGGUCACCCCCGCCGAGAAACGGGGCGCUUACGGGUAGGGCAAGGGAGAGAGAGAGAGAGGGAGGGAGGGAAGUGGUCAAUGCCUGGCUCUUCUCUGCCUGUGUGUGUGUCUGGCAGCACGAUGAAUCAGCUGCUGAUCACUGUGGGCAUCAUGGUGGCCAUCGUUCUCGGCAACGUCCAGCGCAACGAUCCCCAGCACUGGCCAUCGCCCGACACGGUCCCAACACGCGAGGCCAUCUGGUGGCGCUUCAUGCUCGGCUUCAGCGCCCUGCCCUCCAUCGUCUCACUCUCCCUAUUCCUCUUCGUGUUCCCCUUCGAGACGCCCCACUUCCUGGUGGAGGAGGGAAAGGCCGACCAGGCCCUGCCCAUCCUCGAGAGAAUGUACUGCACGUCGGGCGAGACCGAUGCCGAGGCCCAGACCGCCCAGGCGAAGUUGGACGACAUUCAGCGAAACGUGCAGGAGCGCAGAGCGUCCGAGAAGAGGACAGUAGGGCUGUUCAAGGCCUUCCGCGACCCUUGGUACCGUUACGUCCUGCUGGUGGGUUGGGUGCUGUCCGCCUUUCAGCAGCUGAGCGGCAUGAAUGCCUUCAUCGCAGCGUCUAAUCACAUCUUCGAGCAGGCGGGCUUCACGGGCGGCCGGGCCACCCUGCUGUCGACGUGCAUGGGCGUCAUGAACGUCAUCCUCACCCUGGUGACUGUCAAAGCCAUCGACUGGGCGGGGAGGAGGAAGCUCAUGCUGAUCGGCACCCUUGGCCAGUUCGUCGCCACCGCCCCGACGGCCGUGGUGCUGCUGAUCGGGUCGGGCGCCGUGAGUGAGGGCGUCAUGAUAUGGCUGCCAGUGGCCUCGGUGUUCGGCUACGUGGUGUUCUUCGCCAUUGCGUACGGGCCGGUGCUGUGGGUGUAUCUCAAUGAGAUAUACCCGGUGGAGAUCAAGGGUCCUGCUGUGGGGAGUGCAUCGGCACUCAACUGGGUGGCGUGUAUUGCGGUGGUCUUCCUGACCAAAGUGCUCAACAACACACUCAUCUUCUCCAUCUCCUCAUGUACAUAAGCACACAUACACACCGACCCACACGUGCCUCCAUGAUGCCAUCCCUCUCUCUCCCCUCUGUGUGAGUCUGCAGGCUGCAGUCUCUUCGCGUGUGUGUUCGUCUUCGUGUUUAUGUUGGAGACCAGCGGCGUCUCCAUCGACGAGUCUCCCUACCUCAAGGGCCGCCCAUCCGACUCCACUGCUGCCAGCAAGGCCAAGAUCGACUCCCUCAGUGCCAAGCAGUCCACUGCCAAAAACAUCCCAGCAUCGGACGGCGACAGCAUGCCCGCCCAGCCGUGUGGUGGGCUGGGCAUUGCGCACCCCGACUCAGCCAGCAGCCGAGAGGGUGACUUGGUUGUACUGUCCUCAUCCGUCGGUGUCUCGACGGGCGACUGCUAGAUGGGGGAAAGCUGUCGGUUUCUAGUUAGGGAGGGGGGAGAGGGGACAGCGCCAUGCAAUUGCUGGACAGUUUGUCGUUGUGCAGAUAAGCGCGUAUGUGACGUAUGUGACACAACCACUCCACUCCACUCGCUGAGCUGCCUCUCUGGCCACAACGACGAUCGCAAUCAAUCUCACUGUCUGUGUCUAUGUGUCGGCUACACACAUAAGGGGAGGGAGGGUGCAUGUUGUGUCUUCGCUGUCCAGUGGUCCUUCAUAUGAGGUCGAGAGCCGUGCACACGGCGGCGAGAGCGGGUGCAUUGUCGUGUUUGUAGUGUUUCGCGCGUGUGUGAUGUGAGGCUGACAGUGAGGACCUGGGACCCCGAGACACACACACACACGUGUACCACACAUAUUUGGGCAGAGAGCCUGCCAGCCAGCCUUCAUCAGUCGACCAAUGGAUGGACCAAUCCUCCGUCGAGUCGACCUUGUUAUGUGAUUGAUUUGUGCCCGUGCGUGUUCACGUCAGUCAGGGAUUCACGUUCAUGCGACGCGACACCGAUCAGGGAUGAAUGGAAUGGAUCGGUGGGUAGGGGAUUUUGUCUGUUUCUUGUGAGGGCUUUAGUCAACGGAAGAAGGAGGGAGGGAGAGAGGGACAGUGCAAUCACUGGACUGUUUAGUACGUCGCUCUACCACCACUGAGCUGCCUGCCUGCCUGCCUGCCUGGCCACAGUUGACGACUGCAACCUCGCUGUCUAUGUGUGUGUGUAUGCGUAUGGGAUGGAGCGAGGGGUGCAUACGUCAUCCAUCGUACAUUAGACACAGAUGGGGAGACAGAG